AUGCAGAGUCGUCGCAGUAAAGGCUGCUUUGCAUGCAGAAAGAAGAAGGUCAAGUGCGAUGGACAAGCGCCGAGCCAGUGUGCUCGCUGCCUGCGCACGCGUGCCGAGUGUCAGUAUCCCGACGGGUUGGAGGUGGAUUUCCGCAAUGAAAACGCCAAGGCGGCGACUCUGGCGACGGAGAAGUGGCGCCAGCGGGCUGUCGUGAGAAGGAGAAGCCCCGAUGGUAAUUCUAGUCGGGGCAGUGCGAUUGCAGCGGUGACUGUCAGCCCGCUGUCGGACCCGGCGCAGGAUCUACGCACGGCGGCGGCGGGCGUCUUCUUCGCGACGUUUGGCACGGGUCGCAGCACGGCGAAUCCCUGGACGGGCUUCUUUGAUCUGCUGCCGGAGCUGUACGCGGGCAGCGCGAGUCGGUCGGGCGUCUCGCUGGCCAUCUCGGCGGUGGCACUGUCUGCCAUGGCGAGUCGGCUGGGCCGGAGCGAGGAGGCGCGCACGCUCGCGAGAGAGGACUACUGCGCGGCACUGCGGCUGACCAACACGGCGCUGGCGGACGGCGAGCUGGCGGCGCAGGACGACACGCUGAUGGCCGUGUGUCUGCUGAGUCUGUUCGAGGGCAUCGCCUCGCCCACCACGCAGAUGAGUUACAUGUGGAUCAAGCAUCUGGAGGGGGCGAUCGUCAUGGUGCGCCUGAGGGGUCCCCGUCAGUUCGACACCCUGCUGGGGAACCGCCUCUUCGAGAAGAUCUGGGUCCAGAUGCUGCUCAAGUCUCUCAGCUGGCGCUCCAGACCUGCCCUGCCCCUCGACCUGUGGCUCUACAACCGACCCCAGGCCUUGUUCGGGCCCCGUCUCAUGACCCUCAUGUACCAGGCUGCCUGUCUCCGUGCAGACCUCGAGGAGGCCGUCUCCGACGCCGUCUCACACGAGGCAAUCCUACCGCUUCUCGCCUCCAUGCGGCAACUCGACGCCGACCUGCUCCGCUGGGACGAGCAGGUCUCUUUGGCUUCUGUCUUGCCGCCCAAGCAAUCCUCUCGUUCUCCUUCCCCGUAUUCGUCAUCCUCCUCCUCCUCCUCCUCCUCCUCUUCGUCUCCCUCUUUGUCUUCUCCUCCCCCCUCCCGCUUGAUGCAUCGAUCCCCCUUUCUCUUCUCCCCCGAAGAGCCCCCGGCCCCGAACACCAUAGGCUCCAACACGCUCAUCCAGCACCACCACCCGACCUCUUACUCCUUCGCCAAGACUCUCUCCUUCACCACUCGUCUGCUAUUGAAUCGAAGUCUCGCCAAGGGAUACCUCUGGACAAUGGACUACCAAGCCCUCGAAGCCCCGCUGCAGAUCGCAACCACGAUGGCCCGACAGAUCAUCCAGGUCUCCCGUUUCCAACUCGCCCGCGCCGCCGCCAAUAAUAGUAAUCUUAACCAGGCCAACAACCCUCGGCCUGACGCCCAACCACCCAUCUAUAGCCCGUUCGCAGGUCUGAUGGCCGUUUUCCUCCUGUGGCCGCUCCGUGCGGCUUGUUUCCAUUUCUACUCUCCUGUGCUAUCAUCGGAGCCAAACCAGGUAGACCAGCUGGGUCGGCCUGCAUCCCCGGACGAGGAGAUUAAACGUGGGGCAGAACAGAUGCUACUGAGUGUGCAGCGGAUGGUUGGCAUUCCGGACACGAGAUCUGUAGGGGAACUGGUGUUCUAG